AUGUGGGUUGUGGAGAAGAUCCGUGUGUCAGUGGAGAGAACCAACCUGCCACUCCCUGUAACGGAAUACAACUUCAAAAUUGGAGACAUCAUGUUUGGAGACAAAAUUUCUGCCGACAAACCCAAAAAAGUCCUCAUGUGUCCUAACAUCAUCACUCCGGACACCAUCCCGGAGUUCUGCAUCCCUCCCAAGAUCCCGUCCCCACAGGAGGGUAAGGGUAUGGAUCAGGGAAAGGCUAACAGUGCUCUAAGGGUUUCUCCCUGUGAAAAGGGGAGUCCGAAGAGGGAGUACCCAACACGGGAGCUGAUUACCAAACACAUCAUCCAGGUGGAGAGCGUGGAUGAUGGGCCUCAUGAGAAUAUUUGCAGUGAUGAGGAGACCACCAAUGCAGAUCCUCAAAGCCAGGCAGCCCUCUCCCUGCCUCACCUGGCCAAAGCCCAGACCUGCUACGGCUUCUGCACGCUACUGGAAAGUCCCCACACAAGGAGAAAGGAAUCCCUCUUCCACAAUGACCCUAGCACAUGUGGGAUUCCCCUGGUUCUUCCCCGGAGCAGAUCUAGCACCUGCUCUAAAGUAACUCCCUCCAUCUCCUCCCAAACCUCUCCUUCAUGCUCCUCUUUCAGUUUGAACAGUCUAACCUCCAGACUUUCUCCUCGAGGGUUCGCCCUGCACAGACAGGGCACUUUGGACAGUGACACCACCUCCUCAGCUGAGUCUUCCCCCUUCAGCUCUCCUCUGCUGGCCAGAUCGCUCCCCAAGACCUCCCUAUUCAAAGCACUGAGCCACGAGAGAUUGCUAUACCGCAACCUGAAAAAAGCAACUGUGUCCAGGAACAAUUCUCUAUCAACAGAUGAAGGCAGUUCAACUGACAACAGCCCCAAUGUGAUGAGGAGGGCAUCAGAGGGUCUUAUAGAGCCUCUUUCAUGUAGCUUUGGACUGGCACCACCGGCUGUCUUCCCUAUGGACUUGGUUCUGCACAGGGAGAGAGUAAUGAAGGAGAGUCUGGUACCAGUGGGCCGGGACGGAACCCUGCGACUCUCUGCGGAAUACUGCUCCGAGAACCAGAGGCUCCGUGUGCGUCUGAUCAGCGCAGAGGGGCUCUAUUCACUCUCUGUUGACCCCAAGAGCAUCAACUGCAGUGUGAGCCUCUCUCUGCUGCCUGGAAAGGUCCAGAAACAACGUAGCACGGUUAUCCGGAAGAGCAGAAAUCCCAUUUUCAACGAGGACUUUUUCUUUGAUGCCAUUUCUGAGGAAGAACUUAGCCAGUGCUCAAUGCGCUUCAAAGUGGUCAACAAAAUGUCCACCAUGAAGAGAGAUUAUAUUUUAGGAGACUGUGAUGUUCCUCUUGCCAGUCUUGUCAACUUAUAA